UGUGUUUUUCUUCUCCAAUCUAAACCGCCCACAGCGUUGGAGAAGACGAGAGAAGAGAGCCGACACAGCCGGCCCUUUCUCUCUCUCUCUCUCUCUCUCUCUCUCUCUCUCUCUCUCUCUCUCUCACCCUUCACCAUUCCUAUCUAUAUUUAUACUCAUCUUCUCCUCCUUCUUCUCCUUCUCCUGAAUGGUCCUUGUUGUCGCCAUUGCCCCUGCGCUUGAUCCGGGGGAGCAUCACUAGUUGUCGCUGCCGCCCAUGAAGGACCGGAGGCGUUGGAACCCCCCUAACCGAUGCUUUAGAUCGGGACUUUGGCGUUGCGCUCUUCCUGUCUUUCUUUGUUGUGUCAUCGCCUCCUUCCUUACUUUCUCCACCUUCCGCCUCUUCGGUGUGUCAUUCAGGCCGGUGCUAGCUUCAACAUGGCAGACUCCGGCACUCAGUGCCAUCUCUGUUGAUGGCCCUGUCUUCCCGCAAUUCUCCGAUACUCCUCUCCAUAUAAAGCAAGCUAUUGCCUUUCCUGACGAAGUCCUUCUCUUCCUUGAGCAUCCCUCUCCUGUUUCCAAUCAGGAAAACAAUCUACGUUGCCUCUACUUUCCUCCUUCUUCACAUCAGUCCAACCUCCAGCUUCAUCCCAUUUCAUUCUCGGACUUGAUUGUCCGUUGCCCGGUGCCUCCGCGUGGCUUCUCCAUCUCUAUAUCUAAUUCUCCUGUUCAAGUUCCUGCAAUUCAUCCUCAACCUUGGGACCAUCUUAGUUAUGCUUCCUUACUUGACACUGACAAUACUACCCUGGUUUUUGCCAAGGGUUUGAAUCUUCGCCCUGCUCGUUUAUCUGAUCCUUCACGAUAUGGAUGUGUCUUUGGUUGGGACUUCUCCAAGCAAAAAUAUUUGCUCUCGACCAAUGCUGUGUCUGUUGCUCAAGAAAUCAUUCGAUGCAAGACUCCUCUCAGUGUCCUCAAUCGCUUGCAUACUGCUAAGAAACCACCCUUGGUGUCUGUCAAUGUCAAGGGCCGUGGUGGGUUCACUCUCCCAUCCAUUGCUCAUCCAGAGAUCCUUGGUCGAGGCUGGAGAAAGGAGUAUAAAAUGUGUGUUUGCACCAUGUUGCGCAACCAGGCAAAGUUCCUCAAGGAGUGGAUCAUUUACCAUGCGCAAAUUGGUGUCGAGAAGUGGUUCAUCUAUGAUAAUAACAGCGAUGAUAACAUUAAGCAGGUGAUUGAAUCCAUGAGCGGGUCGCCAAAUUAUAAUAUCACUCAUCGUCUGUGGCCAUGGGUGAAGACACAAGAGGCAGGCUUUGCUCAUUGCGCUGUCCAUGCCAGGGAUUCAUGCGAGUGGGUUGGAUUCAUUGAUGUUGAUGAGUUCUUGUUCUUCCCAGCGGAUAUGACUCUGCAUGAUGUGCUGCAUAACUACUCUAGCAGACUAUCAGUAGGGGAGCUGCGGACAGCAUGCCAUAGUUUCGGGCCAUCAGGGCUAAAGAAUGCACCUAAGGAUGGUGUCACCGUGGGUUAUACUUGUAGGAUGGGUGCACCAGAGCGUCACAAGUCCAUCAUUCGUCCAGAAGCCUUGAAUCCUUCUCUGAUCACUAUUGUUCACCAUUUCCAUUUGAAAGAGGGUAAAACAUUUGUGGAUGUUGAUAGAGGGACUAUGGUGAUCAACCACUAUAAGUAUCAGGUUUGGGAGGUAUUCAAGGAGAAGUUUUAUCGGAGGGUUGCAACGUAUGUUGCUGAUUGGCAGGAUGAGGAGAAUGUGGGUUCAAAGGAUCGAGCCCCCGGGUUGGGGACUAAAGCUGUGGAGCCACCGGAUUGGUCCACCCGGUUCUGCGAGGUUCAUGACACGGGGCUUCGGGAUUGGGUACUUCGUGUUUUUACUGAUUCCAACACCCGGCAACUUCCAUGGUAGCUGAAACAAGGGAUAUAGAGCCGAUUCAUCAUAUCGGAAAAUGUAGAAUUUAAAAGAUGAUCUAGGUAAAAUUGGUUAUAUAAUUGAUUCCUCUUCAAUUUUUCAGUCUUUGUUUUUGUUGCCUUUUUUUUUCUUCUUCUUUUUUGUAAUUAAAUAGAUGAGCUUGGGAGUGAGGCUAAAUUCUUUUUGUAGAUACACAUUGAUACAUUUCCCUUUUUAACAUUACAAUUGAAGGGGAUGAGCUGCAGACAUUUUGUUCCUUGGGUCUAGAAUCACUUUGUCAUUGAAAUUAUUCUUAUCCGAAUCUACAUUUUUGUUG